AUGGUUGCUGUGAAAUCUGUCUUGCUUCUCCUCGCCCUAGGCACCGAGAGUCUAGUCGCCUCUCAAAGCGUCAUCUGUCAGAGCAAACUCGGAACCAAGAGUAUCCCUGCCAGCAAGAUUCCCCGGGCCACGACUACCAUCCACAGCAAAGUCACAGUCCAGAAGAAGGUCAUCCGCAAGGUCAACGUCGUAGUUGUUCCCAGACCCACUACUACUACUUCCACUGAGGUCAAGACAAUUACCGAGACAACGCAGGCUGAUCCUGAUAUCGAGACUGCGAUUGAGACAAAGACAGAUACGAGGACUACCAUCGAAGUUCGACUUCAUACUACGACCUCUACGUCUAUAUCCUCUACGACAACUACAAGAUAUACCACCACGAGCACUAUCCUAGCCCCAGCUGGCUUCACCCCUGCUAAGGGCCCUGACUGGCGGCCCAAGAUCAAGGCGAGAGACACCCUUAAAGAGAGAUCUGCACCCGACGUUUUCCUAGCUGGGCUUCAGUCGAACCCUGAGUAUGUCCAGCGCAUCGACUGUACAAAGAAAGUCUUAACGACGUCCGUCAAAGUCACCACCAUCACGGUGAAAGGAACCCGCGUUACGGCCAAUCCAAAGACCAAGACGAAAGUCGUCACAUCAAUUACAACUACAAUUGAGACUCAGUAUCCUCCCAAGGUGACCGAGACUUCAUUCGAAACUACUACUUCUACCGUGACCGAAUAUGACGAUCGCACCGAGACAGUGACCGUGGAGACCGUUAUACCAGUUGACUACUACGAGGCCUGUGGUGACACCAAUAUGCUGAGAACUGCCAAUGGAGGCAAUAAGAUCAGUUCCCUCAGCUACAAGUUCACCAGUAUGGUCAGGUCAACUAGUGGCCUCAAAAACGCUUAUGAGUGCUGCGUUCUUUGCCAGCAGACAUCCAGUUGCUUUUUCUCCAAUUGGCGCGUGAACUCAUUGUGCGCGCUUUACCUCCCUAUUACGACUGAUAUCUGCAGCAACGGCCAGCAGGUAGCCGCUACUUAUUAUACCAGUGCCACCACCAACAAUGACUGGGUUUUAAGUAACGGUCAAUGCGGCAAGUUAACUAAUGGAUCUCAGUAA